CAAACGCGUGUUUUUUAUCAGUAGUUUCAGUAUGAUUUAGGGCCAUAAAGCCCCAGCGUAAUCUGUUAUGCGCAGCAUGACAGUCCAGGUGAAAACAGCUUUGUGACUGGCACAACCAUGGGGAUUGGUCAAUACUGAUCGGUGAUAACUUUCCCCAGGGCUGUGGAUGCGUAUUAUACUUUGCUGUUUUGUGGAGUUCCAUGGGCUUCACAUUACUUUGAGGCAGUAACUGCAUAGCUCUUUAGAAAAGUGACUUUUGCCAGAUACUGAAGUUUUGCUGUAACUAUCAUAUUAUUUCAGGUUUUUCAGAUUAACUAGUUCUGUUUUAAUACUAGUCAACUGGACUUAGUAUUGGCAAAUCCAAAGGAUAGAGCUGCUUAAGGAGAACUUAAUUUUAAAGUGUCUGCCAGGUGGGAUACCCACAUUUCCCUUGGCAAGUCAGUGCAUUCCAUGGUGCAGGUUUCCAGUAGCCCGCUGGAGCUGGGAGCAGCAGGGCUGGCUAUCAGGCAGAGCUUUCAAAAUGAUAAGAUGAAACAAGAAGAAUGAUAGUGAUUAAUCUGUGUUCAGACAUGCCGUUAUCUUAGUGGACAAUUGAAACUUAGUGUGGAAAAAAAAUCCCAUGAGACAUGUUUGGUUUCUGGUUUUCUGGCUGUGUCAGUGUGGCUUGGCCCUUUCCAUGCUCCAGGAGAGCUCACCCGUCACUAGACAACUCCUAACAAUUUUGAAGUGUGUGUUACCAUCAAGUGGGACUGAAAAUACAAGAUUUCAGAGGUUUGCAUCCCAUUAUCAUUUUAUUUCCAAAUGAGUCCACAAAGUACCUUUCCUAAACCCAAUGUUGUGUUUUGGAAAACUUUUUAAAGAGAAUUGUGUGUGUUUGGCUGUGGUUGUCCUGAGGUCGGGUAUGACUGCAGAAAUGAGGCUUUUAUCAGAAGCGUCGGUAUGUCUCCUUGGUGGUGUUUUUAAUACUUAACCUCCAAGGGAGGGAACUUCCUUAUUGCAAGUGUUAGUUUUGGUUUUAGUUUUUUGGCCGUGAAGUACGGAUGUGCUGGUGUAACAAAUGUUGCAUAGUUGACAUGUAAAGAAGUUUGGGGAACAUUAAAAUUCCCUUGUAAUAAACAGUAUAUAGAAAUAAGAUUAUUUUUUUUUUAAACGUGUAGUUGCUAGGAGUUACUCUUGCAGCACUGGUUGUUAAGUAAAGGGGAUAUUGGAUUUAAUCUGUCCCCUUCUCCUUUGUUUCAUAAAUAGUAUGAAGACUUUGCUUUCUUAAACUUAAAGGGCAAUUUAUACCUUAACAAAACUAUUUGUACUGUAAUAUCAGCCUGCAGUGCGCUGCUCCAGGUACUGAUGCACAAUCGUGUUCUUCCUGUUGUCCAUCUCUUGGCCUUGGGCCGCGGUUUAUUUCCAAAAUGAGAUUGCCAGAGGGUCUGAUUGCCUCAGAGCAACACUAAUCUGAAGAAAGAUACAGAUGGUAUUGUGGAGUAAGCAGAAAUUUGGAUAGAAACAACCAUUUUGGCCUUUGGCAGCAGACACAGGUGAUGUUGUUCUUACAUUGUGGUUUAUUCUUGCAUUUUUGUUAUGGUGUUCUGCAAGAUCACUUUCAAAAAAAUACUUGGUUCUGUAAUAGAACUCUGUACUGAUAAAGUGCAGUAGGGAUAUAGUGCUGAUUUCUGCUUUAAGCAGCCUUAAAAGUCCAUUACCUACUAUUCAGUGACAUAUAUGCAGUGUACGUAUCCAUGUUAGUUCAUCUGAAAAAUUAGAGGUUGGGGGGAAAAAAACCCUGAAUAAACCAAAGUAGUGUUGACAUCAGUGCAUUAGUUGAAUUUCAGCUGCCUGUGUGUAUUUCUACUGACUUUGGUAGCAUGGAAGUAUAGUAGAUAGGAGAGAGAGGUGUUUAUCUUUGAGCCUCUUUCUCUGUUUUACUGGGUUUAGUUGGACUAAACCUAAAUAGCAAAGGAUUUCUUAUCUUGCUGAGGACAGGUUUUAUCUUCUUCCCACCCAUAGCACGGCCCUUAUCCCUUUGCCAUAUGAUGAUUGCACCUGCUCUGUGCAAACAGACUAUUUACCCUUGGGGUGGGAAAGAUGCAUUUCCAUGUUGAACUGCAACACGCCCCCUAAAUAACUAAGUGAGGCGGGGGAAAAAAAUAAGAGUAAUGUGUGAUGCCCAUUACAGUCCUGUUUGCAGUGGGGUUUUCAUUGUUUUUUCUUCAUUUUUGAGCACCUGUGGGCAUAUCUACCCAUAGUUGGAAGAGUCAAGUCAUGUCCUUGUACCCUGGCUCUGUCACAUCAGUAGUUUGUGCUGCUCGGUUGCUUUAGUGAGGUAGAAAAGCUGAGGCAUGUUUGAAAUAUCACUACACAAAUCAGAGAAGUUUCAUUCUAGGUGGACAUAAGUCAUUAUUUUGAGCUUAGGAAGUUUGUCAGCCUGAGCACUUUGCCUUGCCAAAUGCUUAUAAUUCUCUAUCCUAAAUGAUAAUGUCUGAUAACAAACUGUUGGCAGUUUAAACCUACCUUUCUUGAUGUGUUUUUUCUUUCUUAUUAUCAAUUUCAAUAUAGGGUAUUACCUAGUGUAAUACAUUAUUUCCUUAAAAAAAAAAUCUUCUGGAAAUAUCAGGGAUUUCUAUAUCUGUAAAAAUCAGAGGUAUUAUAGUAGAAAUUAUUGAGGCUUACACACACACACUCCAUCCCUAUUCCUACCUCAGCUUAAAUGAUUUUUCACCACAGUGUUUAGGGUAAAAUGUUCUGUGUUUCAGUGUGUUUUUUUUUCCCUGCAGUUUAUAUAGCUUAACAUUGCAGCUUUUAUUACUAUCAAUAGCUGCACAAACAUUCUACUUUUGAUAUUAUUAAACUGAAAUUACACAAUGAAAAGCUAUCCUGACUUGUGAGGCCUCUGUUCAGAGACAUGAAUUUCACAUAAGUCACUGAAAACUUAAAGUGUAAGUGGGAUAUUGACUUCUGUAGCAGUAAGUUCAAUUUUAAACCUGCUCAAGUCAGAAAAUCUAUCUGUAAGAUGUGGCAGGGAGUCUGGGAAUCAUGAAAUAAUCACACACCUUGGAUUACGAAAGAUGCAAAGCACAGCUCAAUUCCCUUCUGGUGUGAUGUAUCUCUUUACACCCUGGAGUUUGCUGCUUAUGAAAACCACUAUUAUAAAAGGCCUUUUUUUUUUCUUUCUUUCUUCCCCUUGCUGAGCCAGACCCAGCAGUUAAUUAUAAGUUUUAAUAGAUUUGUUGGUUGAACCAUCAUGUGUUUGCACAAUAAACUAGCUUAGAACAGUAGUAAACCCUUCCAUGUAAUUCAGUUGCACCAGUCUGGUUGUAUGGAUUAUUUUUCUCUUUUUUUACUGAUUAGUUUGUGAGCUUGCUGGUCUUAAAUUACAAAUCUUCCAUUUCCUGAGCCACCUGCUGUCACCAUUUCUCUGUCCUACCUGGAUCAGCACUGUAGAGACGUCUUUCUGUGGCUGUAACAUCUUUCCUCAAAGCACAUCCUGUAAUCAUAGCGGUAUUUAAAAAUGAGCAACAAACCAAAAGAAGUGAUGUUCCUGGUGUUGGGAGGCUGUGGACCCGUGAGAAGUGAUGAGUCAACUGAACUGCUCUUACUUUCCUGCUCGUGGUUUGCUUUGCCUUUCCAAACACUGGAACGCUGGGCUCAUGUUUGUGAAACCGGCCUCUUCCGUCACAUCUUCCCUCUGCGCUCGGGGCUGAAAAACUCUUCAAAUCACACAACGGGUUAUUCCUAUUUUAAAGGCUAUAGCAGAACAGAUGUCAUAAGAAGGAGCAAUCUACUGAAAUACGAAUGUGAACUGAAGAAGUUCCGUCUCAACGCUUUCUCUGCAGUAUAUAUAGCGCUGUCAUUGCUGUGACUCUCAGUGUUCAAGGGCAUGGCCUGGGUGCUAUAGUGCUGUAUUUUACACUCAUUCUUCUGACAUGUAGUGGGAUUUUUUUUUUCUAUCUCCUGAUAUUCUUAUUUUUAAUUUCUUUUUUUUCCAAAUGACACACUGCUUUUUUGUAUUGAUUGGGCAUUUUAAUGUAAAUACAGGUUCGAGUGAUGAUGUGUUGAAGGAGGUUAUGAUCACUUUUGGUAAGAAAACAGAAGGUAAAUAUAAGGAAGAUUUUUCUGUAUUGCAGAAGGAGAGCUUCAGAAAUUAAACAUAAUUAAGGAACAUGAAAUCUCACAUGAAAACCCUCAAAAAAUAUCUAAAAACAAGGUUUACCUUUGUAAAGAAACUUACCUGUGCAAGCGAUACUCACCACUGCUACUGGAUAGAUGAUUAAGAAUGCAUCUGUUCUGCAUUUGGUAUGUUUGUAUGAGCCAGAGAAGCUGCAGGCUGAAGCAAAGUCUGAAAGGAAGAAGUGUUGUCUUUGCUGUGAAUGGUAUUGCCAAUGUUCAUUUCCUACACUGAGUUAGUCGUGUGCUCCACUAGACUGGAGAUUUUUUUCUUUGCCUGAGAUUCAUAAUUCACCUACUAAUCUCCUUCAAUUAUUCUACUGGAUGUUUAUAGAUUCCUGAUUCCCUUUUAAUAUCUGCUAAUGGGUAAUUACGGUCAGCAAUGAUUCUUGUCAUGGAAAUUGCUAAAGUAAUUUCAGAAACACUGUUGUCUUUUGUGUGAAACAAAAGAUGGAAUGGAAAUCAAAAUGGCAUUGUAGUUAAAGAUGGAAAACAGGCUCUGCUUGCUUUUCUGCAGGAGUUAUUGAGAGGAAUAAGGCAACAGCUAUCAUUUCACUUGGUACUUGCUGUUGGGGUUCAUUUUAAUAUUUCAUGGGUAAGACUGCUUUUUAUUAAACAUGCAGCUUUAAGUGAGAAGGACUUGAGUCCUUGGCAAAUGAACAGCUAGAUGAAAGAAUAAUUUACAGAUUGUCCAGGCGGUUACUGUGGGUGUGUUUGUGAGUACCUCGGUAGUUCUGAAACGAAGAACAGAACUGCAAAGUACGUGGAUCCCGUUUGGAAAGGCAUGGAUGUGGUCAGGAGCUGCUGCGAGUAACUGUCUAAAGACAGGGAAGAAUGAUGCGAUUGCUGUCCGUCGGCGUGUCCGUCAGCACGUCCUGUGUGUGGAGAGCGGGCAGGAGGGUGCAGGUCUGCCAGAUCUGCUCCCCAGUCCACAACCCAGCUGGUGCCUGGAAAUCACUCAUGCUCUGCAAAUAUAGAGAAUAGAGGAGAUCCAUCCCAAGAACUGUUUUGUUUGCUGGGGAGGAAAGUGUUGGAGUUACCCCAUGCGUCAACACCCUUUGGGCUGAUGCGUGACCUACAGUACUUUAAAAAAAGAAAAAGAAACCCUAAUAAACCAAAAAGGCCCAAUGUGGUGUGCCUGAAAGAAAUGCACCUGCAUGUUGCAGGGGAAAACUGAUGGGCCUCUGCUGCUUCCUUGAGCUCUGGGUGGAGAGAGGAUGGCCAAGAGAUAACUGGGACAGAUGUGUGUAGCAAAGCGGAUUUUGCCUUUGGCUCCAAGCAGGCACUGGGGUCUGGGGCAUUUGUGGAGAUGAGACCCUUGUCCAAACAGCAGGAAAGAUCCCUGGGGCUCAAACGAAGAGCUGCUGGUUAGUGAUCACUAACUACUGCUGGUCAACAGAGCUGGGGGCCAGGGGCAAGGCUCUUUUUACUUAUUACCAGGACAAAGAAUCAACCCAAACUUUUCAUCUCAAUAUAUUCUGAGAAGCAUCUUGAGAAGCCUGGAUCUUCACAGCAUUUGCCUGUUCAUUAUUGUUUCAAACAAAUAAGACCUUUGCAGUGAGAACUUUCAAUGGGCUUACAAAAUGCAAGAAUUUGAUGUGAUUCUAUUUCAAGUUGAUAGAAAAAUCAACUUGAUUUUUCCUGGCUGUUCAGUGCUUGCUUCAUCUAUGCUUGUUGGAAUAUGCACAGGUUGGGCUGAAUGAAUUGCUGGGAGACAAAAAUCACCUCUUGUGUUCUCACCCCAUCAGCUGAUUUGCCUUUGCUGCCCUGAGCUUUCUGCAGCAAAGGGUUGGUCUGGGUGAUGCACGUUCCCAGAUUAGUUUUCCUUGUGAAGAGACUUGCUUUUUUUUAAUAGCUGCUUAUCUUGAGCAAACUGCAAAAGAAAGAGGCUUCUCUGACUUUUGUAACGCGGCUUGUUGGUGUAGCCCAUGAUAUCCCAUUUCAGUUGGUUUUCUUUAACACGCUUGGUCUCUAUAGGCUCUGUGGUACCGUCGUGUCUGUUCUGCAACUGUUGAGUCCUGGCCAAUUCUUAAGGAAAGGUUGUGUAUUGACACAAAGCGCUGUGGACACUUUUAAGUAGCCUGAGAGAACAAAAGAGCCCCAGUCCAAGCCUAGCAGCCUAAUGAAAUGUUUGCUUUCAUAUUAUUUGUAACAAAAUCCCAUGGCUUUGUCGGUAGGAGACUGGAGAGUCUAGCAAUGCUUGAAAAUUCCUGUUUAUGGGAAGGAAAGCAUAGAGCGGUCAGAAAUACUCAGAUUUGUGGGGGAUAUGAAUGUUCUUUUUUGCUUGCAAGUGAAGGUGGCUGCGUGUGUGUGCAGCUCGUGCCCAGCACUUACCCAGAGAAGUUUCUGUUGCUGGACCUGAACCCAACCGUGUUCCCAGUGGCUUGAAGCAGAGGUUUGGAAGGCUCUGGCCCUUCUGAUUCAUGUUCUGGAAGGAAUCCUGUUGUCCAGCUUUUUAUGCCUGUCACGUGUCCAGUGUUUGUUCUUAUGUAUUCAUUGGGCAAAUUUAUUUAUCUGAACAAAUGUUUUUCAUGUUAAUAGGCAUGCAGAUAGCUGUGGAGCUCACCUAGAGCUGACUAAAUCAUCUUGGUUUGUUUGCUGGACCUUGCCGUGGGUUCUCCGUGCAGCUUGCAGCCCGAACUGCUGGGGUUGUUCCUUAUAUAUUCUAAUCUCGUUGACAAAUUGUUCCUUCUCCUUUCUGAUUCUUCAGAACACAGUGAAAGCUUCUGAAGAAACGAGGCAGUUUCUCGAUAAACUGAUGAGCAGAGGACCAUGGUUUUAUGGCAGCAGCCCAGAUCCAGUCCCUGACUGGCUUGGUGCUGCUGGGAGAGGUUUGGGGUUUGUGGCCGGUUGCCAUCUCAGGGUUACACCUCGCCUGCGCUGUCAGAAUGGCAAAGCUCCAAGAAACAAUGACCAAAAAAAGCAAAACCGAUGCUGCGGUGCACGGUGGCCACGUGAUCCUAAAACUUACAAACAGGAGUGUGUUCAGCUGAUGAUUGCACUGGUGUGUGAUGCCAUCCACGAGACAGAAUCUUCUCUCUCUCAACUCUGUCUUCUGCAUUUUCAGAAGGUUGCUAAAAAAAUUCAGAGAAGGGCACAAAAAGUGGUGAAUUUCCGCUAAAUCUGUGCAAGUUUCUUAAACAAAAGGUUCACUUUUAUGUUACUGGAAAGAGGUGAUGCCAAUAAUGUGUUUUUUUUAAAAAAGGUGAAAAGCUGCUUAAGUGUUCAUAGUGGUUUUGGAGCUGAAAUAACAAUUCCCAUACUAAUAUGAGUGUGUGUUUUGGAUUGUAAGAUGAUGGUUGGCGGGUCAUUAUGUUUGUCAGGUAUGAAAAUGUGUUUGUUCAACUAAUGCAUAAUUGCAUGAUUCUCAAAUAGCUAGUUUUGUGUGUUGCAAGUGAUUUGCAACUUUAAAAAUACUUGUACUGAAAGAGCAUAAGUUGUUCUGUGGCCCUUUUUAGAAAGGGGGGUGACAGUGGGACAUGGGAUGCAAAUUGAAACUAAUUCAGCGUUGAAUUAUUAAUCUUAAAGCAGCAUUUAUACAGUGUAUUAUAGAUUCUUGGUAACAUCACUACUGCUUGGGGGUUUCUUUACCUUACAGAGUUUUGAGAAGAAAAUGCCAUGACCCAAGAGUCAUUCACAAUUACUUGUAAAGUAUGUCCCUGGAGAUCAGUGGAGGAAUAAACAAAUCAAUAGGCAGCAAUCUGCUUUUUAUUAAAAUGGAUCAAGACGUGUCUCUUCGACUUGGUGUCCUGUGAAACUCUUAAAUAAUAAUAAAACUGACGAUUGGCAUCUCGUCGUCUUUUGAGCAUUGAAUAAUUGAGCCACAGGCACAUGAUACAGUUCUGUAAAGCAGAGAUUGUCCCUUGUAUUAUUUUUUCAUGGAUAUAGAAGAAUAAAUUCUAGAAGGCAAGCGGUGAAGUCAUUUUUCUUGAGUUUCAGUAUUAAGUAGCCCAAGACAUGAUUACUUGCCUCUCAUAUUUGCAAAUGCAUUACUGCUUAGCAAUUAAUAGUUAUCUUUAGAGAAUGGAUUUGGUUCUGCUAACUGAAAAAAUAAAUCUGCCUCUCAGAAUAUGUAUUAUCAUAAACAUUACUCUCAAAAUCAUGUUUCUGCAGGUAUAUUAAAGAACUUUUUCAUAGUUUUUAUUCUGAAAAUACACUUCUGGACAUCAAGUAAUUCUUCAGUCACCUGUAUGACUUGGAAAAUGCAUUAGGGCAUGAUUUGAAUGCUUCAGUUUCUUCUUGGCAUCUCGUCUCAGUGUCAGUGAUUUCUAAGCUACGUUCACACACCUUUGCAGGAGCAUCAGUAUGCACAUGCAGAAGAUUAUUUCUCUUUUCAGGUGAAAAAUGGGAAGCCUUUUAUUAUGAAGAAAAGUUCGGUAAUAACCAGUACAGAGUUCAUCCCGGGAAGUGACAUUCAAGCUUAUGGAAAGGAGCUGGAGAAUUGCAAAAUAAUAAUUAAAAAAGCCCCAUACCAAAAACUCCUGUUCUGCACAAGUACAAGUUGAUCUCGAGAUUCCUGCGUAGAACUGCUGAUGAAUUGCCUGUGACUUUGGGGAGGGCUAAGUCUUUCGCUUUUGGUUGCAUUGGAAACCUGAAGUUAAUGCUCAUGAGAAGUAAAAUCAGAGAUCGUGGGUUACUCGCUGUGCCUGCAGGUCGCAGAGGCAGCAGCGAAGAGACAAAACUUCUCUUUGAAGCGGUAGCCUCGGCCGUGUUUUAUUGCGUGUGCUGGGAACGCGGAGGAAUAGCGGCCGACCUGGGAGAAGAUGCCAGCUAAAGGGAAAUACUUCUUCAACGAAAGCGAUGAGUGCAGGAUCUCAGACCCGCUCUACGAGAAGUACCGCUACACCAGCCAGCAGCACCCGCUCCUCCUCCUCCUGCUCUUCAUCGCCAUCAUCUUCUGGAUGACUCUUAUCAUCAUCUUUUUUGUCACUGAUGAAGCGCAUUAUCAUCUUGUCUUCAUUAUUGCAGUAUGUGCUGCUUUCGUCAUAUUUGCAGCCAUGUACUUACUUUUAUGUAUUGAAUCCCUGUUCCGGAGAUGGCUGACAUUAUUUGGAGUUACGAUUUGGAUUUGCUUCUUAAUUGUAGGAUACGUAUCUCUUUUUGAAAAAGAAAAUGAUUAUCAACUGUGGGAACAGGUGCCAUUCUUUCUAUUCAUAAUCUUCACAGUUUAUACCAUGCUACCCUUUGGGAUGAGAGGUGCUGUCAUAAUUAGCGUUCUUUCUGCUCUCUCCCAUAUUAUUGUUCUAAGCAUUGUGGUAAGCACGGCUUCUCAGGAAAAUAAGGAAUCCAUUCUUUUUCAGCUCCUUGCCAAUGCUGUCAUUUUUCUUUGUGGGAAUCUGAUGGGUGCAUUCCAUAAGCGCCAAAUGCAGGUCGCUUCGUGGGACCUCUAUAGAUACACAUUAAAGUGCAUCCAGGUCCGAAUGAAAUUGAAGAUUGAAAAGAGACAACAAGAAAAUUUGCUUUUAUCCAUCCUGCCAGCACAUAUCUCUAUGGAAAUGAAGCUAGCAAUCAUAGAGCGACUCAAGGAAACUAAUGAUAACAGGCAAAUGCAUGACAACAACUUCCACAGUCUAUAUGUAAAAAGGCACCAGAAUGUUAGCAUUCUUUAUGCAGACAUCGUAGGAUUUACUCGCCUUGCCAGUGACUGUUCUCCUAAGGAGCUGGUAGUGAUGCUGAAUGAACUUUUCGGAAAGUUUGAUCAGAUUGCGAAGGAGAACGAAUGCAUGAGAAUAAAAAUCUUGGGAGACUGUUACUACUGUGUCUCAGGCCUGCCUGUGUCUUUGCCGGUUCACGCCAGGAACUGCGUUAAAAUGGGACUUGACAUGUGUGAAGCAAUAAAGCAGGUGAGGGAAGCCACAGGGGUGGAUAUCAAUAUGCGGGUCGGCAUUCACUCGGGGAACGUGCUGUGCGGCGUCAUCGGCCUGCGCAAGUGGCAGUACGACGUCUGGUCGCACGACGUGUCCCUGGCCAACAGGAUGGAGUCCGCCGGCGUACCUGGCCGUGUCCACAUCACUGAAGCAACCUUAAAUCACCUGGGCAAAGCUUAUGAAGUAGAAGAAGGGAAUGGACACCUGAGGGAUCCUUACCUUGAAUCCAUGAAAAUCAAAACCUACUUAGUGGUUGAUCCAAGGUCCAAACAAUGUGGGUCGAAUAACCAUCUCCCUAAAACGCGAGUUAACGAUGGGCUGAAGAUGCGCGCGUCCGUUCGGAUGACGCGUUAUUUGGAGUCCUGGGGAGCUGCCCGGCCCUUUGCCCACCUGAACCACCGGGAAAGCGUCAGCAGCGACUCUUCCAGUUCACAAGGAAGGCGAAGGAAGGAAAUACCUUUGUGUUCCACUGGGCGCCAGAGAACUUCCGACAGAACUUCAUCUCAGAAGGGAAGGAUAGAGGAAGAUAUCUAUGAUGAAAUGAUGUCGACCAUCGAGGGCCUCAGUUCAACUAACCCAUGGUGUGGCAAAUCGGAUGACUUCUGUGGAUUUUCACUGAUUUUUGCAGAACCCGGUCUUGAAAAAGAGUAUCGCACCAUUCCUAUUCCAAAACUGAAGAGUUACUUCGCAUGUGCCAGUUUCGUGUUCCUCUGCAUAUUUCUGAUACAGAUGUUUAUCAUGCCAAAAACUGCAAAACUAGGAAUUUCCUUUGGCAUCGUGGCAGUUAUCGUUGCACUUAUUUUGUUUGUGUGCUUUGCUGAGAAGUGCAUGAAGUGCGGCUCGGAGCGGUGGCCGUUCCUGCGCCGUCUUUGUGCUGUCUCCGAAAAGGUGGAGACGAUGCCUUUGCUGCGGCUCCCUCUGGCAGUCAUCACUAUAGGUGCCUUGCUCAUUAUAGCCAUCUUUAAUUUGGCUACUGAAAAGAACAAACCUGCAAACUUUACUGGAUCAAACGACCUGUGUGCUGCCAGUUCUCCGUUCGGAAACACAACACAGUCCUGCGUUGAGGAAACUUAUUAUGCUUACUGCUGCAUAUUGGGCUUCAUCGCUUGCUCGGUAUUUCUUCAAAUGAGCUUCGAACUCAAAGUUCUCCUCCUGUCCAUUGCUGUGACCGUGUACCUCGUCAUUUUUAACACCCUUCCGCACAGGAACCUCAGCUUCUACGGCAACAGCACCAGGCUUUUCAUCAAAGAGCCAAGGAUAAUGACUAAUUUGUAUCUGGUUCUGUUUUACAUAACCCUAAUUUUACUCGCAAAACAGAUCGACUAUUACUGUCGACUGGAUUGUCUGUGGAAGAAUAAGUUCAAAAAAGAACACGAACAGUUUGAGACGAUGGAGAAUGUUAACAGGCUUCUGCUGGAAAACGUCCUUCCAGCACACGUGGCUGCCUAUUUCAUUGGUGACAAACGAAACGAGGACUGGUACCAUCAAUCGUACGACUGCGUCUGUGUCAUGUUUGCGUCCGUACCGGAUUUUAAGGUGUUUUACACCGAAUGCGAUGUCAAUAAAGAAGGCCUGGAAUGCUUGCGGCUGUUAAAUGAAAUCAUCGCUGAUUUUGAUGAGCUCUUGCUAAAACCGAAAUUCAGCGGCGUGGAAAAAAUAAAAACCAUUGGGAGCACUUACAUGGCAGCAGCGGGUCUGAGCGUCACGCCGGGCCAGGAGAACAACCAGGACAAGGAGAGACAGCACGCUCACAUCGGGAUCAUGGUGGAGUACGGCAUCGCCUUGAUGAGCAAGCUGGACGGCAUCAACCGACAUUCCUUCAACAACUUCCGCUUGCGCGUUGGGAUAAAUCACGGCCCUGUGAUCGCCGGUGUGAUCGGUGCCCGGAAACCUCAGUACGAUAUUUGGGGCAACACCGUGAAUGUCGCCAGCCGCAUGGAGAGUACGGGGGAGCUUGGGAAAAUCCAGGUCACGGAAGAAACGAGUAAUAUACUCCAGGAGCUGGGAUACUCGUGUGAAUGCAGGGGACUCAUCAAUGUCAAAGGCAAGGGAGAGCUGAGGACGUACUUUGUGUGCACCGAGACGGCCAAAUCCCAAGGCAUGGGCCUCAACUGAGGCUGCGACGAGCUUGAUCAGAAUAGACAGUAGAACUGCCUCCCUUCUGUGAAGACUUAGAAUUUCCCUCCUUAUGUGAAGGACAGUAUUCGAAAACCAAAUAUAUACUAUUCCUAUUCUGCAUCUCAAGAUAAGAGAAUGACUUUUGUCUGGAAAGAAGUUUCCAGAAGACAUGUAAUCACCCCUCGGGAAAAAACCUACCUUUUCCUGAAAUAAUUGGUGGAUUUACCUGGAACUGCCACGAAGCAUUUUCCAUUAGUUCCUUCCCGUAGCUGCACUGUGGGAGCCUCAGCUGCAGGAGCGCCCUCCACGCUGAGCUCCAUACCCGUUCAAUGUUCCACGGCUCCGCUGAGCUCCUCUGGAAACAAUUGCACAGUAUCGGAUCACUGUUUUAUUGUCUUAACUUUCCUCUAGUUGGGUGUUUACAUUGUAUGAGGUGUUCUCCGUAUUUUUGUGCCUUUGGCAUUAGUACCUGUGUGCGUGUUUUAUAAAGUGCUCUUUGUUUUUAUAAGCCCGGCUUUAAAUAUAAAGAAGACCGGUCCUGAGGAGCCCUGAGCAGCUGCGGUUUGUCCUGUGCGCUGCUCAGGAACUCUGCGGGUGCCGGCGUUCUGAGGGCCCUUAGGGAGCAAAAACAACAACGAAAAUUGUUUGGAAACUGGAGAACUAAUCAGGUGGUGUUAGAGACAGUGGGCAGUGCUGUGUGAACAGAACCGCGCCUGAGGUGGGGUUUGGUUUGCUUCCGUUUUUCGCUGUGCCCAGCCCCGCGCUGGGUUAUGUAUUAUACCUUUUAGAGGCAACGCGGCUUAUGGAGCAAACUGGCUUGGAGAAGGUUCCACAAAGGAUGGAUGGAGAAACAUCUUCUUAACGGACUGGUUUCAGCAGCGCCUCAGUAUUGAACAUAUGUGUAGAGCAUUAGUGAGAUGAUCACGGAAAUCGACUUGCUCUAAGUUAGUUUAGUUCGUAAAGUUUUGAAGCUGUUAAUGGCUUCCGCUAAUUUGUAAAUUAGCGUUUUUCUACUCACUUCAGUCCCUUAGUCUGUUUUCUGUUGGUGAGGAUGACCGUGUUUUGUAAGGGUAACGUCUUGUGCCCGGUUAUGAGUAUUAACCAAGGAUGGAUCCCCCGACACACGUGUCGUGUGGCUGAACAGCAGUGACUGAAGAGUCCAACGUGUUUCGUUAAGCCCUUACAAACAAAGCAGCGUUUACAGAUACCCCCGGGUUUAGUCCUAAACCACACGGCGCAGUGUUUCCCAAGCAGUCCUGCGCAUCACUGCCGCUUUCUAAUUACUGUGUAAUUUCUCUAGCAGCUGAAGUGACUAUGUUCCAAGACAGGAACAAACCUCAAUAUUGUCCAGCUGUGCAUUAAAACUGUGCUUGUGGCCUUUGUCAGCCCGGUAGGUCAAACCUGUGCGUGUGGGCGUUGGGAACCUCCCAGUGGGGCUGGCGGCUGCGCGUGGACUCUGCUGCAGAAGGGUUUCCUACUUAUCAGUGUAAGGUCAGUGUUGUAGAAUAGACUUUCAAAAAGCUUUUGCUACUCUCGUAUGUUGUAUAUUUGUAGUAAACAGAUGCUCAGCAAGCAUUUGUUUAGAGGUAUUUAUUUAUUGUUUUAUAAGGACCGUGCUCCUUUUAGUGGCCUUUGAUGUACGUUAGCUGAAGCGACUCAGCCGGAAGGAGCCUGGAGCCAGAGCCGGCUCUGAGCUGUUUCUGUUCACAGAACUAGUCGAACGUUGACGUGAGUGAGCUGUGAACGAAACCGCUGUCUGGAACAGCACUUUGAAUCGCUUUUGUUUACAUGAUGCGGCCCGUCAGGCUGGGAACUGGCUCGGGCGUCUCUUUGACGUGCCCUCGUGUCCAACCGCAGCUCUCGGGGCCGCAGCCGCGGUUUGUGGCGGUUCCGCUGGGUGAUGAACAAGGGGUGGCACCUGAGGAUGCUUCCUGAUUGCUCCUCAGAACUGGAACGGUAUAAUACAAAAGCUAUGUUAAACCACAGAAAAGGUUCAGUUUAAGAAGCAACUGUAUUGAAACGAUUGCUCUCAGCAAUCCUUUCGAGAGUGAACUGUGAAAUUUAAAGUAACUUUGUUAGAAAAGCCUUCCUUACAGCAUUAUUGUUUUCGUAAACUGAGAAAAUGGCACUGUAUCUAAUUUGAAGAGCUAACCAUGUCUUGAAUUAGCAAUCUGUUUUAAAGAACAAACUCUUGUUUUUACCAUCAAAUAAAAAACUUCCUGAA